GUUUGAAUGAUUCUUUUUGGACCCAAUAAAUUCCGAUGUAGUUCUUUAUAUCUUAACAUGCAGAGACUCAAUUCUUUUUGAAACGUCGUUUUCUUCCUUUUGUGCUUACCACCGAACCACACUCGACGAUAGCGACGCCACGCUGUCGCCCCGCUAAAACGGUACUUCUUGAAGAGACGACACGCAAACAACCAAUCACAACACAAUCAACGGCUGAUGCAAUAAUGAGGAACUUAGUCUUUUAACGAAAUUCCCGAAACUGUAUUCCCAAAAAUUAUUACGCGUAAAAACAUGUAUGUAAACAAGCAAAAGACGAAAAAAAGCAAUCGCGUUAAAGUGAUAAAUUCGCGUAAAAAAAGGAAUUUGGUACGCAGCUCUCAAGUAAUUGCUCUAGAAAAAAUACAUUAUUUCUCAAGUAAUUUUGACAGCUGGUUACGCAUUGUGAAUGAUCUACAUUAGAAGAACGAGAGAAAAUAAACAAAGAAAAUAAAUAUAGUAGUGUAAGCACAUAUAUAUUUGUAUUGCGAUCUAAGGAAUAUGGAUGAAGAUUGGAUAAAUUUAAUGAAUACGUUGAAUUGUGGUGCCAUGAUGGCUGCCAUGGAGAUGGAUGCUGAAUUCGAAAAAAAGGAGCGUAAGAAGGCGAGAUAUUGGGUGAGUCCAUACCUUAAGGAACGAAACGACAAGGGAAGAUUCAUGUCCGAUUUCGAAGCCUUGCGAAACUCACCAAAUUUAUUCGUUGAAAACUUUCGCAUGCCACCACAAGUUUUUGAUGAACUUUGUGUGAUGGUGGAGCCGCACUUACUUCCGAAACGCAACACCAGGCCAAAAGAUUUAUUCCAAUUAAAACCAAAUUGGCAGUGGUACUAUAGUAUGUUUUAAACAUUUCUGCCAAAGUGUCUUUUAUAACCCUGUUAUGUUUUUUUGAAAAUUAUUCUU